CCAUACUAUACUAUACUAUACUAUACUAUACCAUACUAUACUAUACAUUUUUGCUUUGCUUUGAUUUGCUGUGCUUUACUAUGCAUUAUUUCUUUGCUAUGCAUUAUUUCCUUACUACAUUAUUUUUACCCUACCCCAUAGUGAGCACUAAGCAUAAAACUCAAUAAUCUCCCCCACACACAAAUGGCCGCGGCGAGGCUCACUAAAAAAAUAUUAACUAUGGAAAAAGGAUAAACAAACAGUGAGCCUGAGACUGAGACUUGAGACCGAGACCGUUAGAGUUUGUGAAAAGUUAAUUAGUGGAGUCAGUACCACCAACCAAUUGCACAAGCAUUUUAUACUGAACAAACAGGUCACAUGUCUUCUAUAGAAGAACCUCCUGGUAGGGUAAGUAUAACUCAACUGGUACCACACACACAAUCACAAUUUGAGUCUCAUUCUCAUUCUCAGUCUCAGUCUGUACCAAUUCAUGAACGAGCACAAUCACAAGAUAUGCUUAAUGGACGAACUCAAGAUCAUAAACCAACAACCACAACCACAACCACAACCACCAACACCAACACCAAGAAAAAGAAACGAGGAUCUCGAAAUAAGAAUAAGAACAAGACUCAAGUCCCUAAGAAUAAAUCAGAAGUAUCAUUAGAUUCACUACAAGUGCCUAAAGAUUCUGGACCGGAAAUAGCAGACUUAACUAGUACUAUUUCAAAUUCAAAGUCAAUACAAUCACCUAAAAUUACUGAAAAAUUACAACCAGCAUUUAACAUUAAACAAUAUGGAUCUCAUACAAAUAAUUUAAGUCCUCGAAAGCAAACUCUUAUGAGACAUAAGAAUAGUGAUGAUGAAUCAAAUUAUAUUAAUGAAGUGAAAAGUACUUUAAAAUCAAAUAAAACUAGUCCAUGUAUAAAGUCUCCAGCAUCAAACAAUAAUAAUAAUAAUAAUAAUAAUACUAGUACUAGUACAACUAAUACUACUACUAAUAAUCAUAAUAAUAAUAUUGAUGCAAAUGGGAAUAGUACAUUAGAUAUGGAAGAUAAAGUUACAUUAUUUAAAUAUAAAUCGGCUAAAAUUCUUGUUUAUGAAUCAUCUUAUACUUCAACUAAUGGUGGAACUUUAUUAAGUAGUGGAGAAUUAGAAAUAUUUCAAUUACAUAAGGGUGAUAUUACUUAUUUAUCAUGUGGUUCAUCAUUUAUUUAUCCUUUAUUACCUAAAUUAAAAUUAUUAAGAAUUAGUUCAAAUGAAUUUAUUAUCCCAUUACUUAAUCCAGCUCGAUAUUGGAAAAUAGUUAUAAAUUCAGAUGAACCAAAUGUAAUUCAAGUAUUACAAGGAACUUUUGAAAGAAUAGUUAAUUAUAGUAGUUUAUUAGAAAAUGAUAACAAUAUCAAUAACAAUAUCAAUAACAAUAAUGAAAAUCUUGAACAAACUACUCCAACAACUUUUAAUCAUUUCCCCUUAAUAUCUCAUGAAAUUCCAGAAUCUCCACCUUCAGCUCCUUUAUCUCCUCAUGAUAAUGGAUUACAAUUUAAUCAUAAUAUAAGUCCCUUAAAGAGAUCUAUACCGACAUCUCCAUUCUUACAACUGCAACCUACAUUAAAUAAAAAAUCAUCAUCUCAUUCAAUUACAACAGCUAUGGCAUGUCUCGAUGUAUCAACGAAAAAUUUAAUUCAUCCAAAACCUAAACGAUUACCAACCAAUUCUAAUCCUUAUCAAUUAAAUAAUUUACAUGAAGAAGAUACAAAAUCUGAUUCAUCAUCUAUGGAUUCAUUAUUAGAUGAAUAUGAAGAAAAUAUUACUAAUACAAAAUCUAUAACAUUUACAAAAUCUCGUCCACCUACUAGACCUCAAUCAAUAACUUCAUCAAUAAAAUUUCCUCAUCAUCCUCAUCCUCCUCCUCAUCCUCCACAAUUUUCAAGAACUUAUAUUCAAGAUAGUGAACAAGAAUUCCCUAGUACUUCUUUAAGUGAAUAUAAUCGUACACAUAAUGGAGUAGCUGCUAGAUCAAGACGUUCAUCAAGAAGUGAAUUAUAUAAUUCCGAAAGUAAUUGGAUGGAACCAAACUUUGAUUUAUCUCAAACAAAUAAUGUUAAUAAUCCCAAUCUUAAUAAUAAUAAUAAUAUCAAUAAUAAUAUUAUUCCUCGAAUACUUACUAGAUCAAGAUCUAAUCAAAGUAUUAAUAGUGCAUCUCAACAUUCUCAUUCUUUACCUCAUGGUCAAAGUUCAAGUCUGUUUGAUCUUAACAGGACUUAUAGGAAUAUUUAUAAAUCAAUUGCUCAAAGAAAUCUUAAAUCUACCAAUUAUUUUGAAGAAGAUUUAAAGAAUUUUAAUUCUAAUUCUAAUUCUAAUUCUAAUUCUGUAUCUGCAAGAUUACCUACAAUAACUGCCAAAGUUCCGAGUGAAUUCUCUGCUGGUCAAAAACUCUCUAAACUGGCAUAUAAUCCUCGAGAUAUAUCUAAAUUAAAGGGAUCUAUAGCUAUAAAUAAAGAUGUAGAUCCAACUGGGUUAAGAUUAGAAUCAUCAGAAAUAUACCAAUUGAUUUCUAAAAGGGAUAAUUUCUCAACAACUGGACAUAGAGCCAGAACUGGAGGUAAUAAACAUCAAUCAGAUAUUACUACAUCUAGUGGAAUUCCAAGAUCAACUUCAUUUACUUCACGAUUAUUUGGAUGGUGAUUAAUUAUUUAAUUAUUUAAUUAUUU